AUGGAGGCCAUCACAAGCCAACACUUUUUCUCCCACGACCAGCCGGAACACGCCGCCGAAAAAGCCUCUUGCCACUUCUGCCAGCUCCGCGCCUUUCCCAUCCACCAAAACACCCCCGUCACCAUCGUCAACGCAAAGGACCAGGCCGUCAUCCCGCCCAACUUCCGCUUCAUCGACCGCAUGGUCCUGGGCCAGGGCGUCGAGCCGGCUGAGGAUAGUUUCCGCAGCGGGUGCUCCUGCGAGAGCGACGGCGAGUGCCAGUACAUGGGAUGCCUCUGCCUGGCCGACCUGGGGGACCAAGAGGGCAGCAGCAGCGACGAGGACGGGGACAUUUACGCGAAUGGAGCCAAUGGUGGUGGACCAAAGGACGGGGUCAAGCAGAAGAGAAAGGCGUAUGCGUAUCACGCCCACGGGGCCAAGGCAGGGCUUUUACGGUCCAAGAUGCUCAACUCCAAGGAGCCGCUGUACGAGUGCCACGCCGGCUGCUCAUGCUCCAAAGACUGCCCCAACAGGGUGGUUGAGCGUGGGCGAACCAUUCCGCUGCAAAUCUUUCGCACCGACGACAGGGGAUGGGGAGUCCGCACCCAAGUGGCCAUCAAAAAGGGCCAGUUCGUCGACCGCUACCUCGGCGAAAUCAUCACCUCCGCCGAAGCCGACUGCCGCCGCGCCGCCUCGGCCGUCUCCCAGCGCAAGGACGUCUACCUCUUCGCCCUCGACAAGUUCACCCACCCGGAGUCGCUGGACCCGCGCCUCAAGGGCCCGCCGCUCGAGGUCGACGGCGAGUUCCUCUCGGGCCCGACGCGCUUCAUCAACCACUCGUGCGAGCCCAACCUGCGCAUCUUUGCGCGUGUGGGCGACCACGCCGACAAGCACAUUCACGACCUUGCGCUGUUUGCGAUUCGCGACAUUCCUCGUGGGGAGGAGUUGACCUUUGAUUAUGUGGAUGGGGUGACGGAGGAUGGGGGCGGCAUGGAGGGUGCGAGUGCUGGGGAUAUGGCCAGCUCGAUGAAUACAUGGGUUAAGAAGCUUCUUCAUCUAUACAUGGACACAUGGUGA